AUGGAUCAAAAUAUUAAAAAAAACACGUCCAUCACGAAAUUCGACGUAAAAGGCAGAACGCUGUACGUUAAAGUGUUAUGGAAACAGAACAAUCAUGACUUAUUUCACAUCAAAAUUUUUGACGGCGAAAUAUCAUGGUCAGGAAAAUUUACAAACGACGUUGCUAAAAAAUACAGAGAACGUUUUGAAGAAUCUGAGGAACAAUACAUUAAACAAGUGAAAAAGAAUUUAAAAGGACGUGACCAUAGUGGCUUUACUUACGAUUUUACAUUAAAUCCGGAUGAUGAUAACACCGCUACGUUUACCUGGAAAAAGAAGUUCCAAGACUCGAUGCAUGGACUGGCCCUCCUCGUCCACGGCUCAGUACAAGUGUACCGUGACACUGCUCAGGAAUCUAAAGACUUGCUACUAGACUUUUUAAUAGAAGAGAAUAAAGAACUGAGAAAUGUUAUACACGAUCUCAAUGGCAAAAACGAUGUUAUCGACUCAGAUUUGAAGAAAUGCAAAGCAGAAUUGGAAAAGUUUGUAGAUAUCAAAUCCUCUUUGGAGACAAGUCUUUAUGGGAAGUUUGUGCAGCUGCUGAAUGCUAAGAAAAGAAGAAUACAGGUUAUGGAAGGGGGCUUACAGAAAUUUUCUAAUGUUUUAGCUACUAACCAAUGA